GUGGAACUACACCCUCCAGCAAGGUACGCGCGCGCCACUUAUUCAUUACGCCUCCCCAAAGCUCAUCAAUCCCCUCGAAUGCCAUCCACCACCCCAGCCGUCUUUCUGGCAGCCUACACGACCUACCUCGAAACUGAGCGCCUGAUCACCAUCGAAGAAGUGGAACGAGCCCUGGGAAUCAGAGUCAACCUCCGGGGCGAUAUAGACGAGUUUCAUGUCGGGAUUGAGGAUUUCCUGCAUGGGAUUGUGUCGUUGACGGGGGAGUUGGCCAGGUUGGCUGUUAAUUGCGUGACGCACGGCGACUUUGCAAAGCCUCUCCGAAUCUCAAAGUUCGUCGGCGACCUCUACUCCGGCUUCCAACUCCUCAACCUCAAAAACGACACGCUGCGCAAACGGUUCGAUUCGAUCAAGUACGAUAUCAAGAAGAUCGAGGAGGUUGUUUACGAUAUCUCGCUGAGGGGUUUGGCGGAAAAGAAGGAGGAGACUGCUUGAGGAGUGGUAAAGAGAUGAAGAGGGGUCGUAUCGGGGGGGAUGCCCGCUGGCCGUAUGUGCUUUUUCCCUGGGCAUUUGGAGGUGCGAGCGGGGAUAUGUAGGGUGUUUUGAAUCGGCGUAUGGAGUUAAUGUAGGGCAUGUAGAGGAGUGUAGCGUAGCGCAGAGGAAGGGACGGAGACUGGGGAGCCUUCCGAUACUGGAGUGUAGCUUUUUUGAUAUGUGAUUUCAUCCUCUGUGAAGUCUCAAGACCCCUGGG